AUGAAAAAAUCUGCCAAUCAAUCCACUUACUCGUCUAAUAAGAGCUUAUAAAAUAGCAAACAACAAAACAACUUGAAUUCUAAAAAGCCUUAAAUUAGCGAAUUUUAGAAACAUGACUAUUUAAUUGAUGAAAAGCCAAAUAAUUCUUAAUAGAAUAGUGUAUUGAACUCUCUAAAACCUUCUAAUAAUAGUUCAAAUCAUAAUGGUGGAUAAGAUUUGGAGCUUUUAAUAAAAGGAAAGAAAUAGUAAGAUGAUUUUGAAUCUAAGGAUAAAAGACAAAAUUCAUAAAAAGAAAUAAAUAGUUAUACUUAAGAUCAUUUUUAUGAUAGAAAAAUGAGUAUCAACAACACAAAUAAAAAUUAAGACUAAAAUAAUAAAAUGUAAAAAAUAAACUAAGGCAGAUCUUCAAAAAUUUAUAAGCUAUCUCUAGAAUAAAGACAAUUAUUUGCCAACUUCAGAAUGAAGAGAGACUUAUGGAUCAGAGAUUUGUAGGAAGUCUUUAACAAAAUAUAUGAAAAUUUUGUAAAUACGUUAAGGAUUAUGAAGGAAAACUAAACAAACAAUAUAACAAAAGAAGAAAAAUUAAAAUUCCGCAAACACUUGAGGAAUCAAAUGAAAGAAAUAAAAAAGAUUGCAGAAAGUUUAAGUGAUAAAAAUGAUGAUUUUAUUAAUUUAUAUGAUAAUUUGCCUGUUACUCAUUAUUAUAAAAGCAAUAUAAUGGAAAUGUAUAAACUGCUUUCAACUUUACUCAAAUUAUAAAUGGAUAAUAAAUAAUUAGAUAAAAUUAAAUUUUAAAAGAAAUAUGAAAAUAAAUGUUCUGAACCUCUAAUUUAGGAAAUUAAAAGAAGUUAUAGGAGAGUUUAGAGACUAAAAGCUGGAAAUAGAUUAGGUUAAGUUAUUUCUGAUGAGCUUGAGGAUCCUUAAAUUGCAGCCAUGAUUUCAAGCCACUAAAAAAAAGAUGAUUCUAUAGCAGAUAAACCUUAAUCUUAAUUAAUAUCUAAGUAAAUUAUUGUAUCAGUUGAAGUACCAGGCUCUUCAAUAAUAAGCAACAAACAAUAAUCGCCCACUAAAGUUUAAUAGAUUGAAAAAAGCAAAAAUAAUUUAAAUAAAAGCUAAAAAAAUUAUAACUCAAAACAAGAAAUUCCUGAAAAUAAUGAUUAAGAAAGUGAAGAUGACUAUGAUCCUUAUUCUCUAGAAUAAGAAAUAGAUAAAAAAUAUUUAGAUGAAAAUUAAAAUGUAAAUAUAGAUUAAGCUAUUAAAGAAUUUAACAAAAAGAAACAAGAUCUUCAAUAAAUGAUUUAAAAAUUUGUUGAAAAAGUUGAUGAAAAAGACUUUAAUUUUAACGAAAAAUACCUCAAUUUUAAAGAAUAUUUUUCAAAAAGAAACGAACUCAUAGGCAUGUAUUUGGGAGAUCACUAACUGAAUAAAUUUAUUGAUGAAAAUGAAAAGAGAGCAAGAUAACCAAAUUAAUCAAACGAAGGAGACUUUCUUGAUGAUGAUGAAUAUCAGAAUUUGUAUAAAGAUUUAGACCCAAAUAAUUUUUAAAUUGAUGAUAGAAAUAUUGAAGCCUUAUAAAGAAUUAUAAAAAUCAAUGAAGAAAUAAGGAAAAAUUUGAUUGAAGAGGAGCAUGCCAACAAAGUUAAAAUUCUUGAUUAAAUGAAUGUUGAGUAGAAUUAAUAAUUUUGGACUUCAGUUUUUGAAAAAAGAAGUGCUGGAAAUUAACUUAAUACCCACAGUGGUGGCUUUUUUAACAAGAAAUAGUAAAAUUCUAAAACUUUUAGAUAAGAUAACUUAUAGAGCUCAUAAAGUGAGAACUAACUAUUGAUUAAUAAAACUAGCUAAAAGUUCAAUUAAUUUGAUAAAGAAGAUGAGCUAAAAAGCAACAGGGACAUAAAAAAAUAACAAAUGAAAUUAUAUCAUGACUACAUUCAUAGAAACGUAAACUAUAAUGUCCAUCCAUCAAAUCCUAACUUGAAACCAAUAUUGACGGGCAAAUAUGACCCAGAUAAAAUUAAAUUUACAAGAGUAUCAGAAAAUCAACCAAUAAAUAUGGUUUCCUCUAUGUCCACAGUUGAGAAAGAAUCAUAAAAUAAAAAAUUAUCAAUUGUAAAUAAAACUCCUUAUACAAAUAAGAAUGGUGACGAAUUUUAAAAAACUUUUUAUUAAAGCACCUUUUAUUCAUCAGGAUCUUUACCACCUGCUAGUAAAAUUCAGAAUGAUAUGCUAAUAAAAUACCCAUAAAUGGAUAAAGAUUCAUAGAGCCAAUUUAUAAUACCUAAGUUUAGAGGUUAGAAACUAACUUAUGAAGAGGAAAUGAAAUUGAUUUCAAAAUAAACUAGAAAAGAUAAUCCUCUUUAUUUAAAUAAAUUCAAUGCUCGUAAUUACUAAAAUAGAAUAGCUCCGAUGUCUUAAAAAAAUGCUAGAUCUUAUAGCAAAGACUCUCCUAACAACUAAAAGAAGUUUAUGUCACAUACAAAUCAAGAUUUUAGUAAAAAGCAAUUAAAUUUGAACGAAAAAUUAAAAGAUUAAUUCGAUCCUGGUUUCUCCAUCUCUAAUUAAAAAUAUUCAGGGUAAGUGAAAAUGUCUCCUCCAUUUUAAAUUGAUUAGCAAGUGUAAUAGCCAACAGAGAACUCUUAAAAUAAUUAUACAUAAAAUAAAAACAAAACAACAACUUAGUAAAAUGAUGAAAAUUAAAAUGAAAAUAGGUAAUAAUCAUAAGAUUCUAGGUAAAAUUUCUUUACUAAAAAGGACUAUUACAAAGAUGAAAUAUCUUAAGUAUUUAGAGUAUCUUAAAAGGAUUUAUUAUUUAAAAUUAAUGGACCAUUUUGGAAAAAUCAGAUGAAUUUGAAUCAUUUAUAAUAAUGA